AUGGAAAAUUAUUAUUUUUGUUUUGGAUGUGGGAAUAAUAAAGAUAUUGUUAAAUUUAGUAUAAAAUAAGUGGAAAAGAAUGGAGUUUAUAUUUUAGAUUGUUUGGAUUGCAAAUUCUAAACAGCAUGUGUAUAAUGUAAAAGUUGCUAAGAAUUAAAGUAAUAUAUUUUGAAAAUUUAUUAGAUAUUGUAAAUAUGGAGACAUAAACACAAUAAUAUAAUGUGUAUGUGGAUCAAAGUAAAGAAUAUAUGAAUGUACAUUUUGUAAAUGUCCUUAAAUAAUCAAUUGUGAAAAUCUAAAAUAAAAUUCAAAACUUAUUUGCUUUUCUUGCAGGAAUGCUUUUUAUAUCAUUAAUUGUCCUGGAUGCCAAAAUAUGAAAAUAUUAAAUACAAUAAAUAAUAUUAAUUAUUGUGAAAAUUGCAAUUUAAAUUUUUAGAUUGAUGAAUGUAAAUUUUGUUAAGAAGAUGCUUUUUCAAAAGAUAAAUUUGAACCUUUUAUCUUUAAAUGUUCAAAUAAUCAUCAAUACUAAAAAUUAAUAUGUUUAUAAUGCAAAACACCAAAUAAAUUAAAUGUUUCUAACAAUAAAAAUUAUAUAUGUUAAAAAUGUAAUACUAAAAUGAAACACAUCUAAUGUUUAUGUGGUUAAAAUCAAAUAAUUAGAAGAAGUGAAAAUGAUUAAUUAGGAAAAUUUAAAUGUUAAGGAUGUUAAUUAGAUUUUUAAAUUAGAAAAUGCAAUACAUUAAAUUGUCUUGGAGUUCUUCUUAAAUUAGAUAAGCCUACUAUUAAGCCUUCUGAAUUUGGACCAUUCAUUGAAAUUGUAAAUACUAUCUGUUUCUCGUGUAAAUAAUAAAAAUAUCUCUCUUAAUGUUUAAGAUGUUAUGCACAAUAGGAACCAUACAAUAUAAAUAAAGAUAAACCUAAUAAAUGUUUAGGAUGUUAAUAAGAAUUUACUGACUCUAAAUACCGUGAAUGUGUUAUUUGUUUUAAUCAUAUUGCUGAUUCAAUUAUCUUGCCUUGUAAACAUGUUUGUCUUUGUCAUUUAUGCCUUCAGAAUUUUAAGGAAACCUGUCCUUUAUGUAGAAGGAUAAUACAAGACAAAUUUAGAAUUUUUUUAAAUUGA